AUGUCUCACUCAUGUAGGAGUUGUGGAUGCGAACUAGGGAAUAAUCUUUCUGUAGCAGUUGAGGAGUCUUUGAAAAGUGUAGGUAUUUAUGUUUGUAGAAGGUGUUUUUUUCAAGGAAAGGAUGACGAAUAUAGUAAAAUGACCCAGACAAAUGCAAUGAAGCAUUAUGCACUAACUGCUCAAGAUUUAAGUGGAGAGGGAUUUGCAAUAGUGAAAAAACCAACAUCUUAUGGAAGGAAUAGUUUUAUGAAGUUAUACUACAAAUUUCAGGUGGAAGAAGCUGCAAUAAAAAAAUAUGGAAGCAUAGAACAAGCACUUGCAGAGUCCACUAAUACUGAAGACAGAAAAUUUCAGAAAAAGAUAAAUAAGAGACUUGGAAUAGCAAGUGAAAUUAGUGAGAAAGAGCAAAAGAAAAGAGAACAAAAGAAGUUAAGGCUUGAAAAUGAAAAUAAAAAGAGAUUAUUGAAACAAGAAAGUUUCCAUGAACACGACUUUGACUCGAAAACAAAAAUUAUUGGAGAAAGUGGUUUUUUUAAAAAGACAUGCAAAACUUGUGGUUUUGAGUUGACUUGGGAAGAAAUAUAA